CGUUCCUCCGCUCACCAUCGCUCAGGCCUAUCCACCGAGAAGAGGGCCUCUGACUACUGGAUUGCUCCUCAUGGAGACUCCUCACUCUGGUGAAGAUGGGGUGCUAGCAUGGUGCAACAGCAUUCGCCUCAGUAUGGCACAGGAUCGCGGAAGGCAGUUUCUCGGCGAGCAGGUACAGAAUACCGUGGAGUAUCUCGACAGCUACUUGGACAAUGUUCGAUCUGGGUCGAAGAUUGAAAGUGUUGCGGACCUACUCAAGACGCCGGGGAGGAAGAGGACUGCUCCUUCCAAGGUGCGAGUAGGAACAACUGGCACGAUGAAGAUGAAGCCAAUGUUAGGGGUGGAUGUCAAGCAGGAGAAUGGGCCUGAACAAGAGAAACAACCCUCGAUUAACGGCUUCCACCGGGCGUUGCUCCAAGCAAAGGCAGAGGAAGAUGAUCCCGUCGAAGUAUUUGAUGACCUCAAACUCUCAGGAACCACGCAGAUUGCAAAGCUGCUGAACAUGUCUGCGCCGAAACGCAGCUUUGAUUCUCUCGAUCCAGUAGCACCAAUGUCUACUUCGCUGUCAAAUCCCUCGAUUACUAGUCCUUCAGAUCAAGGACUGAUUUCUUCUACCAUCUCAGCCUACGCAUUGCACUCCGACGCCAUUAACAAGGAGUUAUCGGUGAUCGCAGAGGAUGACGAGUCCGCCGAGCGCAGUCGCGCAUCUCUACCCGCCCCGAUAUCUCGUCCUCACGAUUCACCACCGGAACAAGACACACACCACGACGAAGAUGACGCGGCAGAUAUGGAUCUUGACGAGGUGGUGCGCAGCGACAUCACCAUCACCUCCUCACACACCUUUAACUCCAUACCGCUCGAUUCUCCCCGCGGUCCGUCCACACUUCGACCCUCCACGUCUGCGCCGCCAAAUUAUCUCUUGGAAGAUUAUUACACGGAGCCUCUACCGCGCGUCGAUCGCGAGCCGCUCCCACAAGACGAGACGCAUGCUUUUACCGCACCGCUUCCCACCAUUCUACGACCUGCAAAGGAUCAGCACGCCAACGAGCUCGCCGCUCCCGCUCGAGACGGUCUGCCUACGGCUCAUUCUGCACCAGUACUGUCACGCAAGCCAAGCCUCUCACAAAUCGGUUUGCCUGCGCCGUUGCCGCCGCACAAGUCGACUCGGCUCACGCACGAAUCAUCGACGAGUGCUGCGCUUGGGCCAAUGCCCUCAAUUGGCAGCAAGCGCGGCUCGUGGCUCGUCAGGGCACGGGAGGUGAAAGCGGCAGAGAUGACGGGGAAGCGGAUGAGCAACGCGCUUGGAUCGGGAUCGGGCGCUGACGUUGCUCGGCCGUUCGCAAUCGGCACAAAGAGGAAGAGUGGGGAGAUGCUUAGUGCCGGUACGUCGGAUGGGCCAUCAACGGCCUCUGGUGCGGAAGCAGGACCAAGCAGUCGGGCUACAGAGGACGACGAGAGGCUGCAGAAAGUGGCCAAGGUUGCCAAAGACGAUGGCGAUAGCUUCUUGCACAAGCAGAAGGUAACAAGUAUGAUGUCUGAAGGCCAUCCGACACUACAGAAGGCAGCCUCAGCACCUACGGAAGAACCUCACCCAUCCCCGCGACCGACCCGCGCGCCGUCCACCCCUCCCCGACAGUCCCCCCUCAUCUUUGCUCACAAGCCUUCAGAAGACUUCACCGUCCCGCUGCGUGCCUCAGACGAUGACGACGAAGUGCUGCACCAGCUCCGCCGCAAAGUGGAAGGCCUUGGCGCCCGCUCUGGCAAGAGCAUGGGCAAGUCUCUGGGCGGCAAUGCAGCUGCGGCGCUCGCACAGGCCCGCGCGGACGCAGAAGCGCGCGUCGCUGAGAGGAACAAAGUCAAGGGUAGCGAUGAUGAUGCGGAGGAGCCGUCGACGCCGAACGAGCUAAAUGCUCCUCAAGAAGCUGCAGCGCCUGCUCCGGUUAUUGUCGAGGCGCCUUCGGCUCCAUCGAACGGAUCGCGCUCGGAGGAUAAUGACAGAAGCCUGAGUGUGUCUGCUUUGACGACCUCGAAGGAGAAGGAAAAGAAGACUACCUUGGAGAACGCGACUGCACCACCAUCAACGGCUCCUCCUGUGGACUCAACGAAGCCUGUUGCAGCACAACCAGCAAAUGCAAGUACGUCCACGACGCCGCCCAGCACACCCCCGCAUAUCUCUGUCCCCGUGGCACAUCAGGCCCCACCUCCAGUGUUCAGCAAGCCGCCGAUCGUCUUCACUGCUCCUUCCGCGGCAUCGUCGAAGCCUCCGCACCCACGCACAGCCACAAAUGCUGGUCCAGCCAGCGAGUUCUCCUUCAAGCCACCUACGGCGCAUCCUUUCUUCCUGCCGCCCCCGAAGGUAGGCAGUGGGCCCGCCCCUUCCAAGCAAUUGGAACAUGAACCGCCCGCGCUCUCGGCACAGUCCAGCAAGGCAAGUGUGCUCUCCGACGCGAUCUUCGACAAGGCAGACAACAUCCCCGCGUGGAUGCCCGCGACGCAGGACACCGAGUACUCCACAGCGCUGACGCACCUUAAUGACCUCGAGGACGACGACAGCUGGCGUAUUGACGAGCAGCUUGCGCCGAACGAAGUGUGGACGCCGUUCACGUUCCCGCCCGGGGACAAGGAUGACACGUGGAGCACGAUGACGACAAAAAGCACUAGCCAGAAGGGCGGUGACACGGGUCCAGUCACGCAGAAUUUCACCAGGACGUUCCUCUUCAAGGACGAGGGUGUGCAGGAGGGCAGUGGUCCGAGUAAGCAGCAUGUCGAGCCCAUGACGGCGCCUCCCGUUCCUGUCGACACUGGUGCGAGACCUGUGCGGGAGGAGAAAGACACAGCCGUUGCCGAUGUAGCUAUGGAGGCCGAUCCGUUUGACAUUGAAGGUGCUGAAGAGGCUGACAGUGAGCCGAAGGAAGACAUCCCGGCUAGCCAGCCAAUCGCUGGCCCCACUAAGCCCAAAGCUGUUCCGAACAGGCCUCGGAGCCAGAGUCAACAAUCACUCGCAUCGACGGCAUCGUCGUCUCAGACACAGCUGGGCUUCUUUGGUCACGCAUCGAAGCUGGUCAGCAGUGUGCUGGGCGGUAGCAAGAAGGGCAAAGCGGAGCCGCUCAAGAGUCUUCAGCUCGCCGCACAGGCCGCCAAGAAGCAACAAGAGGAAGACGAUAAGAAGGCUACAAGGUUAAAGGAAAUGGAGACUCGCCGUCUGCAGGUGCAGCAGAAAAAGGCAGAGGAAGAUAAAGCACGGGCCUUAGAGGAAGAAAGGCGAUUCAAGGAGGAAACAGAGAGACGCAAGAGGGAACGUGAAGAGCACACUGAAAAGCGGCCCCUCAAAGGCUUCAUCAGAAAGGGUGAUGAAGACAACACGAAGAAACGCAAAUUUGUCGCCGACAAUGAGAAGAAGCCUGAGGCCAAGAAGCCACCGUCGAAAGAUAAGAAGGAUGCCAUUCCGUUACCACGCGUUGUUGCGAAGCCUGGGACCAGCAGUGCCCCAGGUUCAGCGAUGAAGAUAGGACCUCCGCCGAAAUCGGCGUUGAAGCAGCCUAGUGCCCCAGUGAAACACACAGGAGGCACUGCGGCGGCUACCUCCUCAAAGCAAGACGGCCCGCACAAGGCGGCUCCUGCCACUGAUGCUAAAAUUUUAAAGACGAUCAAAUCAACUCCGUCAUCCAGCAGUCUUAAGCAACCCUCGGCGACGACCUCGACAGCGAAGGCCAAGGUCAGAGCGCCGAACAAAGAUGAGGAUGAGCGGCAGCCCACACAGAGCCAGGCGUCCAACCGUGCAAAGGCUCCGAUGCAGACCCCACAGCGUCCCCCGCCGCCCGUUGCGAGCGAGAGUAUCGAGCUGCCGGACAUCAACAGCGAGUACUCAGACUCGGAAGACGAAGACCGCCCGCGGUCGUUCGAGCGACCCGAGUGGGCGCAGUCACCCGAGCUGCGCCAGGCACUCCAACAGCAAAGCACGAUGAACCCGGAUGACAUCUUCGGAGCCAUUGAACCACUACGCAUGGAGGACAUUUUCCGCACACGCCAGAGCCGCUUCAGAGCGCGCACGAGCUCGGCGAACUGGACUGGCACGGACCAGCUCACGCAGGAAGAGGAGCGCGAUUAUGCGCGCAGGAUGGGAUUCAGGUAGGCGGGGCUCGCGAAGGUAUAGUCUCGUUUUCUAUCUACAAUAUAAGGCAUAGAAUCC